AUGCCAAAUAGUGAUCAAGUUCAAGAUAUAGAGUGUACUUAUGUUGAUGCACAAAAUGCACAAACUGCAAAAAAUUAUAACGUAUUACUCAACCAAUAUAAUGAUGUAGAGGAACAAAGGCAAAAACUUUUAGGGCAACUUUAUCAAUAUGGCAAUUCGGAUUAUCAAAGCUAUGGUUAUGGUGGUGGUUAUGAUUCUCAAGAUCAACCACCUCAACCUUCUGGUCCUCCUGCAUGUUCCUGUCAACCCUAUGUAUGUCCAUGUUCAACUUCAGUUUCAUGUAACGAAUACGGUGAUGUUAUUAAAGCGGCAAUGGGAGCUGUUGACAAAGGAAAGAAAAGGGAAGAAACAGAUCUUUCAGCUGUCUUGAAUGCUUGGUUUUCUGCAGGCUUCUAUACUCCUCAAAGAUCUCAUCGGCGGGGACAAAGUCCUACUGAAGGUGGGACAGGGGGUGAGCAGGUCGGGCAGGCCGGGCAGCGGCAGGGGCAGCAACAGCAGGGGGCAAUACAACAAAGACAAGUUGUGGUUUGGAGGUUUCAAAUUGCAAUUCAUCUUGAUUUGAUGCUGAUUUUAAAGUUGGCAGCUGUUAUUGACCUGUUCAAUCAAGAUGGCUUAAGGAAAAUGCUUGUCCUGCUCAUAUUCUUUGCCUCACUCAUCUAUCUGUAA